CCCCUAUUUUUAAUUUAACCCGCUUUCACCAAAUUUUGUUUCCAUAAAAAGAAUCGCACGUCUCUGUUUAUUGAGAAUAUACUAGUUUCUAUCAUGAAUAGUUUAUUUUGCUUCAGUCUUGAGGUUUUUUUUUCUUUUGAAGAGUCUGAUGAAAUCCGGUGCAUUAGUGUUGGUAUGAUCGCACUUUGAGGGUUGAAUCGAUAGUUAAUCUCUAUUUUAGAUCAUAUAUUUUUAUUGAAUUUUCGCAGACAUGUUUCAAAUAUUUUAAAAGUUCUUCCACAAAAAAUUAGUUCAAAACUCUAUUUCCUGACCUUUUUUUUUAUUCACUGGUUUAAUCAUAAAAUGUUUUUGUUUUUUUUUAUGUACGUUGUGAUUAGUGCAGUGCAUCACCUGGAAUUUCAUAAUGGCUAUGCAACAAAUGAGCAGUGCUUCUUCUUCUUCUGCGGUGGCGCCUUUGAAAAAGUCUGAUGUUUUUAUAAGCUUUCGCGGUGAGGAUACUCGUAGAAGCUUCACAAGUCAUCUUUAUGAUGCUUUGAGCAAGAAAGUUAUAACCUUUAUAGAUGACAAUGAGCUUCAAAAAGGAGAUGAGAUAUCCUCAGCAUUGAUCAAAGCCAUUGAGGAGUCAUAUGCAUCUAUUGUCAUCUUCUCAAUAGACUAUGCUUCCUCAAAAUGGUGUUUGAAUGAACUCGUCAAGAUUCUAGAAUGCAAGAAAGAUCAUGGACAAAUUGUGAUACCUGUUUUUUACGAAAUAGAUCCAUCACAUGUGAGGAAUCAAACAGGGAGGUACAGUCAAGCCUUUGCAAAACACGAGCAAGAUUUGAAGCACGGCAAAGAUAUGUUACAAAAAUGGAAAGAUGCUCUCAUUGAAGCAGCCAAUUUAGCUGGGUGGCACUCUCAAAAUUACAGGACUGAAUCAAAUUUCAUAAAGGACAUUGUCGAAGAUGUUUUGAAAAAGUUGAAUCGUAAACACCCAUUUGAAGUUAAUAAGGAACUUGUUGGAAUUGAUAAAAAGUGUGAAGAGGUUGAAUCGUUAAUGAAAAUUGGGUCAAAUGAUGUUAAAACCCUUGGGUUUUGGGGCAUGGGCGGCAUAGGAAAGACCACUCUAGCUAAAGAUCUAUAUGCUAAAUUGUGUUCUCAAUUUGAACGUCACUGCUUCAUUGAAAAUGUUAGGGAGGAAUCAACCAGGCGUGGACUCAAUGUUUUACGUAACAAACUUUUUUCUACAUUGUUGGAGCUUCGUCUUGAUGCACCUUAUGUAGAAACCCCAAUGUUCAUAAGAAGACUUGCAUGUGAAAAAAGUUUCAUUGUAUUGGAUGAUGUGGCAACCUUAGAGCAAGCAGAAUAUCUUAACAUAGGUAAAAAUUGUUUAGGCCCUGGUAGUAGAGUCAUCGUCACAACUAGAGAUAAGCAAAUAUGCAGUCAAUUUGAUGAAUGUGCAAUAUACGAGGUCAAGGGUUUGAACAUAGGUGACUCUCUUCAGCUAUUCUGUAGGAAUGCCUUUGGAGAAAAACAUCCUAAAGAUGGAUAUGAGGAUCUAUCAAAGAGUGCAAUUGGCUAUUGUAGAGGCAAUCCCCUGGCUUUGAAAGUUUUAGGUGCAAAUUUUCGUACAAAAAGCAAAGAAGCAUGGGCAAGUGAAUUGGAAAAGAUAAAAAAGAUUCCUUAUGGGAGAAUUCAUGAUGUGUUAAAAUUGAGUUUCGAUGACUUAGAUCGUACUCAGGAAGACAUAUUUCUAGAUAUUGCAUGCUUCUCCUACUCAAAAUUAACUGAUUUUGAUUAUUUUAGUGAUCGAGAUUACCUAACAGUUCUAUUGAAUGCUUGCAAUUUUUUUGCGCUAAGUGGGAUAGAAGUCCUUCUACAUAAAGCACUCAUAAAUUUAACUUUUACAUUUAAUAAUGAAAUAGAAAUGCAUGAUUUGUUAGUAGAAAUGGGACGAGAGAUUGUUAAGCAAGAAUCUCCCAAGAACCCCGGAAGAAGAAGUCGAUUGUGGGAUCCCGAGGAAGUGUAUGAUGUACUGAAAAAUAACAUGGGAUCUGAAGUUAUUGAAGUUAUAAUAUUCAAUAUUUCUAAAACUAGGGAUCUAUACUUGAGCUCUGAUUCAUUUAAAAACAUGACCAACUUAAGAUAUCUUCAUAUCACCGAUAAGAUAAAGCUGUCAAACGGGAGAAAAUGCUACAAUGUGCACCUCCUUGAAGGUCUUGAAUGGUUGUCUGAUAAAUUGAGGCACCUUUAUUGGGAAGCAUUCCCACUUGAGUCUUUGCCAUCAACCUUUUGUGCCGAAUGGCUUGUACAACUUAGCAUGCGCCAUAGCAAGCUUAAAAAGCUUUGGAAUGAAAUUCAGAAGCUUGACAAUUUGAUGAUUAUUAUGCUUGAUUACUCCAAAGACUUGAUUGAGAUCCCAGACUUAUCUAAGGCGCCAAAACUUGAACUAGUAUCUCUUUCUUAUUGCGAGAGUCUCUGCCAACUCCAUCCAUCCAUUUUCACUGCCCCGAAGCUUAGAGAACUAUAUUUAAAAGGUUGCAAAAAGAUUGAAAGCCUGAAAACUAACAUUCAUUCAAAAUCUCUCCGAACACUCGAGCUCACUGAUUGUUCAUCUCUCAAGGAGUUUUCGGUGACAUCAGAGGAAAUGAUGUCGUUGUCGUUAUGUGGCACUGCUAUACACGAACUUCCCUCAUCAAUUUGGCGCAAUUGGAAACUCACUUAUCGUCUUGAUCUAAGUGAAUGUAAGAAGCUUAACAUUGUUGGGAAGAAGUUAACAAAUGAUCCAGGAUUGGAGUCACUUACAGUUUUGGACCUUUCGGGAUGCACACAAAUCAAUACAUCGAACCUGUGGUUCAUCCUUGACGGCAUACAAUCUUUAAAACGAUUAAAUUUGAGAAAAUGCUGCAACUUAGAAACUCUCCCCAACAACAUCCAAAGCAAUUCAAUGUUGCAAAGGCUUAAUUUAGAUGAAUGCAGGAAACUCAAGUCCCUACCUAAGCUUCCUGCAUCUUUGCAAAAUUUGAGAGCCAUUAACUGCCAUUAUCUGGACACUAAUUCCAUUCAACGACCAAUGCUUGAGAACAUUUUACACCGACUCCACAUCAACUACGGGCAUAGAUCAAAUAAUCUUGAUGAUUUCUCUUUCCUUCCAGGUACCAAAGUUCCAUGCGAGUUUGAUUUUCAAACAAUAGAGGCGUCAAUAGUUAUUCCUCCUAUUCCAAAACAUGGCUUGGGUUGUUUUGUUUUCUGCAUUGUUCUCUCUAAGGGCUUAAAUGUUAAAUACGAUAGCGUUUGUUGUACUAUCUAUGAACACAGAAAAAAAGUCCACCAAUGGGAUAUAGAUUGUGGGAGUACUGGGACAUUAUUUUUAGAUCAUGUAUUGUUAAUUUGCUGGUGCGGUAACAAAAAAUUGGUUGAGGUAAGGAGUGAAAGUGGAGGUGAACAUUACAACCUUUCAUUUGAAUUCAAAUUCAAACAUUACGUUGAUGACAAGGAAACGUGGUCAACUAAGGGGAUAAAGGGUUGUGGGAUCUUCCCUGUUUAUGGCUUGGAACAUAAUUUGGGGUUGAAUGGUCGAAGCAAUAGAAGAGUAGAAAUUGUUGAAUUACAAUCCAAUGCUCAAGUCUCUGAUGAGUCUGAUCAACAUUCGCAAUUCGAUAUUGAUGAGUUACAACACCGAACAACAAUUGGAGGUGAAGUUAGAGUCUCUACACAUGAAAAUGAUAAGACAACAUUGUACUAGCUUUUAUUGAGCAGUGUCCCUUGAUGCAGUGGAUUGGUAACAUAAAGUUGUAUGUUUGUAAUCAAUGUGAAAGUACAUCGAUAAUACUUUUACAGACCUUACCCUUGUAGAAAUCUUCCUAAUUUUAUUCAGUUCUUUUGUGUCUUGAUUUUA